GAGGCCUAUACCUGACAGAGCCCCACCUCUCGGGACCGAGAAGGAGAGGGAGAGACGCACCCCCAGGUAACAAGACACCGACACAGAGAGGGAGAGCCCAGAGGCCAAGCGAGCUCUUGAUAUCGCCGCCCCGAAAAUGAUUGAAUCCAGCCUGAAGUUCGACCCGAAAAGAGAUGAAAUCAAUGGUUUGGCUGAGGAAAUGGUCUUUCUUCCAGCAAGUAACCAGAAGAAACUGGAGAAACGCAACCCAAAAGAGGUGAAACUAAUUGUGGGGUUGCUUAUUGGAGCUGCUGUCCUGUCUCUGAUGAUUGGGCUUCUUGUUUGGCAUUUUCACUUUCGCCCAGAUAAUCGAAUCAAGAAAAUGUACAGUGGUUAUCUUAACAUCAGCAACCAGCAAUUCACGGAAGAGCUAGAAGAUUCCGAUUCUGAAGAAUUUAAGAAUCUUGCAGUGAUAGUGGAGGAAAUGCUUCAGGAAACUUACACGAGAGCAGAAGAAGUAGCUCCAUACUAUGUUCGUUCCACUGUCACUGCAUUCAGUGAAGGCUCUGUGAUUGCUUAUUACUGGCUUGAAUGUCGAGUUCCACCAGAGAAUGAGGCUGACCUUGACGCAGGAAUUGAAGCUUUAUCAAAGCAGAGGAAUCGCAGGUUUAAAAUGGACAUGGCUUCUUUAAGGAUUUCCAACAUGGUGGUCGAUCGUGCUGAUCCAAGGAAAGUGAAGCCUCCAAAGGACAAAAGCUGCUCUUUUGACCUGCAUGCAGUACCUGGAAAGAUUGACACAUUCACCUCACCAGGUUUCCCAAAUUCUCCCUACCCUGCCAACUCCUGGUGUCAGUGGGCAAUACGAGCAGAUCCUGACCAUAUCUUGGAACUCAGCUUUGUGACCUUUGACCUGGAAAAAACCUGCCAAAAUGACUUUGUCACAGUUUAUGACUCAUUGAGUCCAAUUGAAAAACGUGAAAUAGCAGAGCGCUGUGGUAUGUAUCCUCCAACAAAUGCACUUAAGUUGAUAUCCUCUCGCAAUGUGAUGCUUGUAACUCUGAUAACUGACGAAGAUGAGAAUUACCCAGGAUUUAAAGCAGAGUUCAAACAGAUUCCGGCAACUAAAGAAUGUGGGAAAGUUCUGGAAGGAUCUGGGAACUUUUCUUCCCCAUACUAUCCUGCCUAUUAUCCACCUCGAGCAGACUGUACCUGGACCUUGAGGGCAACUCCUUCCAUGCGGGUAAAAGUGGAAUUCAAGGUAUUUCUUCUUCAAGAGCCAGUGAAUGGAGUCUGCGAAGAUUAUGUGGAAAUAAAUAGCCAGAAGAUCUGUGGAAAGCAAUCAAUGCAAAUUAAACUAAGUCACGGGAGUGAGAUGACGGUGAGGUUCCACUCUAAUGAGGCAGAAUCGGAUCGGGGAUUUUUUGCUACUUUUGAGUCUUACGACCCAAGUACAUCCUGUACCGACAGAUUUGCUUGCAAGAAUGGCAAUUGUAUUGGGAAGGACCUGAAGUGUGAUGGCUGGAACGAUUGUGGGGAUCACAGUGAUGAAGUUGGCUGCGAUUGCAACAAAGACCAGUUCAAGUGUAACAUCGGUCUGUGUAAAUCCAUGUUCUGGAGAUGCGAUGGUGUUGAUGACUGUGGUGAUAAUAGUGAUGAGAUAAACUGCCAGUGUGAUGCUGAAGAGAUGAAAUGUGCAAAUGGAAAGUGUAUCCCUAAGGAACAAAAAUGCAAUCAAGUUAAUGAGUGUGGAGACGGAAGUGAUGAGAAAGAUUGCAAGAGUGAACCAAGUUCAGUACCCUGUACCUCUAACACCUACAGUUGCAAGAAUGGUCUCUGCAUCCAAAAGAAGAAUCCAGAGUGUGAUGGAACAAAGGAUUGUGAAGAUGGUUCAGAUGAGCAGAAUUGCAGUUGUGGAUAUCGGCCAUACAGGCAUUCUCGUAUUGUGGGAGGUGUGGCUGCUGAGCCUGGUGAAUGGCCGUGGCAGGUCAGCCUCCAUUUGAAGAAGUCGGGAAACGUGUGUGGAGCCUCAUUGAUAUCUGAACACUGGCUUGUAUCAGCUGCACAUUGUUUCCAGAACACAAGAGAUAUCAAAUAUUCUGAUCCUAGUCUCUGGGUUGCAUAUCUUGGGCUGCAUGUUCAGUUGCAGUUGAAUGAUCAAGUGGCAAAGAAACAGAUCAAACAGAUCAUUGUUCAUGAGUUUUACAAUCCGCAAACAUUCGAUAAUGAUAUUGCUUUGUUGGAGUUAGCUAGCCCUGUAACCUUCUCGAGUGUCAUUCAGCCCAUCUGCCUCCCAGAUGCAUCUCACAACUUCCCCGUUGGGAAAACUGUCACGGUCACUGGCUGGGGAAGAUUGAGGGAAGAUGGUCCUGAGGCCACAGUCUUGCAGAAGGCUGAAUUACGAAUCAUAAAGAGUCAGGUCUGUAAUUCAUUUCUGAGCACCGUUGUGACCUCCCGCAUGUUGUGCGCUGGAUUCUUGAGUGGAGGCAUUGACGCAUGUCAGGGUGACUCUGGAGGGCCCUUGUCCAGUGUGGAGAGUAAUGGAAAGGUGUUCUUAGCUGGAAUUGUCAGCUGGGGAGAUGGAUGUGCGAGAAGGAAUAAACCAGGAGUCUACACUAGAGCUGAAAAAUUUCGAGUGUGGAUCAGGGAGCACUCUGGAGUUUAGUGUGCGCUGACUGUCAAUUCAACCACAUGCUGAGUAUUUGGAAUUUCACUCCGCCCUGGGUCACCAGCUGCGUUGAUCCAUCAGAGGAUUGAAGUUAAGAGCACACUUUCACUUUCGCCUGUGCCGGUUGAUUUCUGGUACUGAAGUUCUUUUCCAACUUGUAGAUAAUGUACAAAAUACCACGAAGGCAUUCCCAAGAGUGAAGAUGUUCUGUGGGACGUUUGGCUACUUAACAUGUUACUAGACCAAUAAAUACUCUGUGUAAUGGGCAUGUAAACAAUGAGAAGAUUGACCUGGGAUAUUCCAGAACGCCCAUCCUCCCACUGCCACACAACUCCCUCUGUAAAUAAGUGGGAUCCAUGGAGUGCACUGGAGGAUAUGGGCAAGGACCGAUGGACUAAACUGGGCAGGUGGGAUUAACGUACUGCACUGGUGGUGUAGGAUAUAUGGGAUUGUGUUGGUCAGGGGAAGCAGACUGCAUUGGGAGUUUGAAGGACACACAACCUGUGCUGGGGAAGAGUGUGUCAGCCUGCAAUGCCUUACGAUCUCAUCAGUUAACUUUGUAAAAUAAUUAUGGAUUCUCUGAUGUAACAAUAUUUUCCAUUUGUUUUUAAUGUUUAUUUUGAUUGUAUGUGUUACAUGUGAUCAGAAAACUGCUGGGGCCCAGACUUAUUUUCAAAGGAUUAAAUACUGGCACUUCCUGGCAGUUACUGAAGAAUUCUACUGAUUAUGUAAUGAGGAUAUGAUGGUUGAUUUUUCUAACUUUGUUUAACUAGAUUGGCAGAAGUGACAAGUUUAAGAAUGAGUAACUGAGAGUAACCUCAUUACUGUCAUGACUUGUUAUUUCAAGAAUCACACAUUCUACUCAAAACUUCAGCUACUUUGCAUGAUGGAACUAUGUCCAACUCUUAAUAUGGAAAUGUGUAAAGCAGGCUCCUACUCUGCCUGUUUUAGCCUCUCUUUACUAGAGUUGGACCACCUUGGUGCUCCCUGAGCAAACAGCUGGCAUCAGUCAGAUAUUCAAGCUGUCAUUUGCUUCUUGACCUUUGACUCCAUACAGGAAGCACAGGAGGAGAAGUCUGGAAAUGAAAGUGUGUGUGUUAGGUUAGUCGGAGUUUCCAAUGUAUGAAUUCUGAUGGCCAGCCAGGUCAGAUAACUAAGAAUGGUGACAGCUACUGAGAACAACUUCUAGUCAAACAUCAUCUUCUACCUAGAUAGCUAAAGCAAAACUGACCACUUGAAUAAAUCAGACUCUCUCAUGAGGCAAGUUUUAAAAAAAAUAAUUGGUUUAGCAGCUUCGUCAACCCCUUUAUCAGAACAGGGCUCUGUUGGGUCUGUGUGAAAGAUGUGGAUCAAAGAAAUGAAAGUGCCUUCUUUAUACAAUGUGACUGCUGUUUUAAAUCCUGCUCUCUGAUUUCACACCACAGAUUCUUGCUCAGCACUCUUUUUAUAUUAAAAUUUUUCUACACAAAAUAAACAGAUUAAUUAACUUUUA